AUGGCACAAAUUCUUGUGCCGCAUCAUGCGGCUCUGGAUUUGAUUCCUCUGCCGUUACUGCGGGACAGGGCAAUCAUGCUGUCUUUUGCCAUGCCAGAGGUUUUCGAUCUUUGGGAUUUGAAGCUGGAUAUCUAUGUCCGACAUGGCAUUGUGCUGAAGACGGGUGGUGAUAAUUUGCCAUGGGAUCCUAAAAAUUGGGAUAUGAAGCCUUGGUUCGGAAGAAAGUGGGGCAUGCCUGCUUGUGAAUAA